AAAAAAAACAUACUUUUUUUAAUUAAAACGCCUCUGAGGUGACAGAUGUCAUGACACAUUAAAAUAUCACACUUUAUAGUAAUCGUCCUUGGUGUGAACGGCUUAUUGUUUUUGUCAUUUGUGGACGCUCAACAGACCGAGUCCACAUUCACUUUCAUUGUCAAAAGAGCUGUGGAUGCUUUGUUGUUUUAGAACAUUAGACCGUUAGCGAUUAUUAAGAGGAGUACAUGGCUGAAUUCUUAUUUUGGGGAGAACCAUUCCUUCGAAUGAAAGUCCCCGAUGAAGUCACGGCUUAUUAAAAUAUGAACAAUAGCGCCUGCGUGUGCGUUUUAAUCGAUUCCUCCACACAAACAUGAUCUUACGUGUCCUCAUUCCGAGUCUCAAACAUCUGCUCUUCAUUGGAUCCCUCCAUUCACUCGCUAAGAAUAGUCUGAAUCGCUUCAUUGUUGCUUCGCCGUAGUUAUAAGAAUAAUAAAAGGCUUCAUCUGAAUGUCAAACGCGCCUCCGCGGGAUGACUGACAGGAGUGGGCGUGGUCAGCGGGGCGGGGCUUCCUGCCAGAGCGAACACGCGGUUCCGUGAUCGGUGCGCUUUCCCCCUCGAUCCGUGCAGACGCCCACACCUUGUGAUUCGCGAUUCAUGAUUCACGAAUCGCAGCGCUUCUAACACACCCCGACUCCACCGGACGCGAAGCGGACCGACGGAUCCCGUCACACAUCGGCGCCAGCGCUCCCGGAAUACGUUCAGCCGCAUCUCAUACGGGUCAUGACGCUGGAGGCGAUCCGGUACCGGCCCGGUUCUCUGCAGAUCCUCAACCAGCUGCUGCUGCCGCACGAGACCGUGUACGACGAGAUCCGCUCGGUGCGGGACGGAUAUGAGGCCAUCAAGAGCAUGAAGGUGCGCGGCGCUCCCGCCAUCGCCAUCGUGGGCUGCCUGAGCCUGGCGGUGGAGCUGCGGGCGGGCGCGGGGGGCGAAGACCUCGUGUCCUUCAUCAGGGACUCGCUGUGCCACCUGACGUCCGCUCGACCCACGGCGGUCAACAUGGGCCGCGCCGCCCGCGAGCUCAUGGAGUUCACCGAGAACGAGAGCAUGGAGAAGAACACAGAGCCGCUCCGAGACAGUGUGAUUGGCUGGAUUGAGGAGAUGUUGGAGCGAGAUGUGAAUGACAACAAAAAAAUCGGCAACUAUGGCGCGCAGCACAUCCUGUCAGGCGUCCCACGAGACUCGGUCACCAUCCUCACGCACUGUAACACCGGCAGCCUGGCCACCGCGGGAUACGGCACGGCUCUAGGAGUGGUGCGGUCGCUGCAUGCGCUGGGCCGCUUGAAGCGUCUGUACUGCACAGAGACCCGGCCCUACAACCAAGGCGCCCGGCUGACGGCGUACGAGGCCGUGGCCGAGGGGUUCCCGGCCACCCUCAUCACAGACAGCAUGGCGGCGCUCGCCAUGAGGGAGAAGGGCAUCACAGCUGUCGUCGUCGGAGCGGACAGGGUUGUUGCCAACGGCGAUACGGCCAACAAAGUGGGCACGUAUCAGCUGGCCAUCGCUGCCAAGCAUCACGGGGUACCGUUUUACGUGGCGGCGCCCAGCACGUCCUGCGACCUGAGUCUGGAGAGCGGACGAGACAUCGUGAUCGAGGAGCGUCCGGCUGAGGAGCUCACCAGCAUCAAUGGAGUUCCUGUAGCCGCUCCUGGCAUCGAUGUGUGGAACCCGGCGUUUGACGUCACUCCUCACCAGCUGAUCACGGGCGGCAUUAUCACCGAGCUGGGUGUGUUCCUGCCGUCUGAACUGCAGGCCGCUCUGACGGGGAGACUCACGGCUCUGUAAGCCACUCGCUCUCCUUGUGGUUUCACCUCACUGUGGUGGAAGUGGCACCUUUAAUUACACACACAAGCGUCAGCACCGAGGUGUAAACAAGGUAUACUAGGCACGUUCGAUUCAAUUCAACACUUACAACGUGGAAAAACACCAUGUGACACACACUUGUACAACCCAGGGAUGCUUGUAAACACACUCUCACACACACACACACACACACACACACACAGACACACACACACAAGUUUGUUCUCCUUCUCUCUGUGUGUACAGCUCAUGUCACGUCAUCUCAUGUCUUGUUCCUUUUUCCACUCGUUUCUUCCCCUCUAUCUGGCUCAGCUCCAGUUUUUAACAGGAAGUGUUUCACAGAGGUGGUAAACAGUGUAGAACAUUCAGAGUAUUUCAAAAUAAAUGUCUUACGAUGAAUACGGGUCAACUGAUGUCCUUUAAGGGGAAACCUCGUGAAAGCUGUUGAGAACACAUCCGGGUCGUAUUUCACCCCAAAAUCAAAUGGAAAAAUAAGAAAUUACAUUUUUUCUAAAGUAAACAAUGUCUAUUUUAGAACUAUUAAGAAAGAUGUCGCAUUGUGAUUUUAAUGACACUUAAAUAUUUUUUAAUCCCUCCAUAUUCUCACUAAUGUAAUGCAAAAAAAACUCUAACUAAAUUUUAGAUUAAAAAUAUGGUGUAUUACUAUACUAUAUUACAGUAAUGAGAAAGAUAUUUUAAAAUAUUCUGAAAAGUACAUUCCAAAGACAUUAAAAAAACAA